AUGGCUGUCACCAAAAGCAAACAGUACAAGAACACCUACAAGAUCCCUCGCAGCCUCAAAGAGUCCAUCAAGCAAAACCUGAAUAAGAUCGUCAAGAGACGUGAACGUCAAAUCCGUGAUGAAGAGACCCUCAUCGACAUCGAGAUCCGACUGGCCGAGGUACAUAGCCACUGCAACGCUCUGGACAACCUCAUCCAAGACUUCGACAUGAGCCGCGAGCUUGCUCACGCACUCGAUGCAUUGCUCUUCAGCCAUUGGGACAACACGAAUCAUGCGGUUGAGCUUCAGAAGGCUGAACUCAAGGGAAAGAAGGCCUUUGCCAGGCACGUGAUGAGCAACUGCUACCCCACCAAGAAGAUCAAGAAGGACAUGACGAUGUGGAAGGGCGAUGGACAAGGCGAUGACGACGAUGAGGACAUGGAGUUGAACGAUGACGAUGAUGAAGUGCGUGGUUCAGAAACCGUCGAUGAGGAUGACUGGUCUUCCACAUCCACUCUGGCUUGA